CUCGGAAUGAUGAGAGGAGAAGGAGGUGGGGGAGCGAGGUGAGCUAGAAAAUGGCGGCGUUCCUGACCCACCAGCAGAAAGUCUUACGGCUUUACAAAAAAUCUCUGAGGCACAUCGAGUCGUGGUGCGUCUUCAGAGAUAAGUACCGCUUCUACGCCUGCGUGCUGAGGGCUCGCUUUGACGAGCAUAAGGAUGAGAAGGACAUGGUGAAGGCCUCCAAGCUGCUGAAAGCUGCAGAGGAGGAGUUCUGGGUGAAUCAGCAUCCUCAGCCCUACCUGUUCCCCGACUCCCCCGGGGGAACCUCAUACGAGAGAUACGAGUGCUACAAGGUUCCCGAAUGGGUUCUGGAUCACUGGCAUCCCUCUGAGAAGGCCGAGUUCCCUGAUUACUUCUCCAAGAGAGAGCAGUGGAAGAAGCUGCGAGCUCUGAGCUGGGAGAAGGAGGUGAAGCAGCUGCAGGAGGAGACUCCAGCCGAUGGCCCCAGGUCCGAGGCUCUUCCUCCGGCCCGCAAGGAGGGUGAUCUCCCCCCACUGUGGUGGCAGUUUGUGACCCGGCCCAGAGAGAGGCCCAUGUGAGAGGCCUGUGUGAGACACCCCACAUUACAAAGCGCACACACACACCUUUGCCUCCACGGUCCUCCCACCUGCAUGCACUCUGACACGUUAGUGUUUAAGGUUUAAAGGAACGGCUUGACCCGACAUGCUAACGUACGAACUAACUGGUAAACAUUUAGUCAAGUUUGAGUCAGGAUCAGUUGUGUCUGAGUGUAAUUGUAGACUGUACAGACAUGUAAAGCACCCAGUGUGCAUAAGAUUCAAAUAAAUAAAUCUGUCAAUCAAAUCAAA